GCUCCUUUCCAAGAUAUUCCAGCCGCUUGAGCCCUUGCUGAUCGAUGCUGAGGCUAGAGCAGAGCCUUUCAAUGUGCCUUGAAUUCAGCAUUCUUGCACCAAGGAGCAGACUUAGGAUCAGAAGCAGUAGGGAGUGCACGCAAUCCGUCAGUCUAGCUCUUGAGGAUUAUGUGAGCUACAAGAUGCAAGAAAACGACUUGCUGUGUGCUGAUGUUGUGUAGAUUUAGUGCGGGUUUCCGAGUUCCGGUGGCAAGAGUGGGGUUAGCUGGUCCCUCUCUUCUGAACGAGGCAGACUCCUUGUAGCCCCCUCGCGGAAACUGAAAAGUGCCAGCUGGUUUGAAUUACAUCUGCUAAAUUGACUUGGAAAGUCUGCUUACGCCAGCUGCAUAAGAUUGACGCAGCUGAAUGGUGGAAUCUUGGCGGAUUUACAAGCUCCUCAGAAACUUUGGUUGAGCAUCCCUGCUUAUUAAGAAGGUCUGCAAGUGACGUUGACCUGGAGAAGAGGGAUUUGGCAACUGAAUGAGGUACAAGUGAGAACCCAUCUGGUUCCAAUGAGGGACCUGCUGCCCCGCUGGAAGGACAGUGGGCCGGAUUACAGGAAGGUCCAUCCUGCUCCUGACAAUGAUCUGGAGAGAGGAGACCCAGGCAAGGGGGACUUGGGGCUGCCAAAUGGUUUGGGAAAAGGCAUUAGCCUUGAGAAGAAGGAGCGGCCUGUCCUUAUUACGUGGGGUGUGAGAGCUGCGGUGAUUGUUGCCCUCACAGUCCUCACAAGCUCCCAAGGCAUCUUCAUCGCGUUCAGCAAAAAGGCAGGGCAGUAUGACUACAGCGUCAGCACUGCAAACUUGAUGGUUGAGUUGACAAAGUGCGGCAUAUCAGUUGUGACUCUAUCCCGGGUGUGGCAAGUCGAGGGCGUGACAGAGGACAAUCGGUUGCUGACGUCAUGGGGCGAGCUUUUACUUUACCCGAUACCCGCGCUGCUGUACUUGGUCAAAAACAUGCUUCAGUACUACAUCUUCAUCUAUGUGGAUCCCCCCAGCUACCAGGUUCUGAAGAACCUGAACGUCAUUACGACGGGAAUCCUCUUCAGUAUCUUCCUGCGAAAACGGUUAUCUAGCGUUCAAUGGUCCGCGCUUCUGCUGCUCGCGCUGGGCUGCACGACGGCACAGCUGACCAGCGGCGCAGAAAGCGUCUUCGAAACAUCGUUGCCGGGCCUGCUUAUGGCGGUUCUGAUGGCCAUCCUGAGCGGCGCCGCGGGGGUCUACACCGAACUGAUCAUCAAGCGGCGGAUACAGCGGAGCAUCCACGUGCAAAACUUUUACCUGUACGCGUUUGGGAUCCUGUUCAACGGGAUCCUAGUGGCUGCGUACGACGCGGAGAACGUCCGGAAGAAGGGCUUCUUCCACGGGUACACGGGGUUCACGGUCGUUAUGAUUGUGAACCAUGCACUGAGCGGAAUUGCCGUGUCUUUGGUCAUGAAAUUUGCGGACAACAUCGUCAAGGUCUACUCGACGUCCGUGGCAAUGCUUCUGACAACUCUUCUGUCGAUUCCCCUCUUCGGGUUCAAGCUGACGGUGCCGUUUGUCUUGGGGUCAGCGGUUGUUGGCAUUGCCACGUUCUUGCACUCGCAGAACCCUUACCGCGGCGAGCUCGCCCGCGUUCUCAGCCCCAUGAGUCCCCCAAAGCUUGCAAAGCAGUUAAAGUCGUAACCCGAAGCAGCACCUUCGAUACUGCAAGUCGGCGCUUGAAACGAGCAGAUGCGACGUUCCUAAAGGGUAGGAUUGCCGUCGAUCUUGGGGCCACCGGCUGAGACCUCUCCUCUGUCGACCAAAUCAAGAAGGGCAUGAUGAGCUCGACGUUUGAAGAUCAAGAGGAUUUUCGGAGCAAGAACACAUCUACUCUAGCUCUCGAGAAAGCUAAGUUCCCUCCAUCUAUAUCUAGUCCGUGGAAGACGUCUUUUCCAAUCGACGGGCUUUAAGUAGUCAUGAGUCCGAGUCUUGGUCGGACCUGGGCCCGAGCGGGUGCCGCUAGCUGCGCAGGUCAAAAAGUCAUCAAAUUGCAACCUGGAA